CAACCUCGACCCCACCAAACAAGAUUGAUACAAGAGAACAGCGGAGCUCGGCCUAUCAACCAGUCUUCACCAAAUCACUAGACGGACAUCAACGUACAGAAAUACAGAUUAGCAGUUCACAAAGAUGUAUGUCACUAUCUGGAGGUCACUCCGGCUCCCCGUAGCCCUGGCGAUCAUUCUCGCUGCGCUUCAGUUUGGAUCCGCCGCCACAGUCGCCAACACCAAAGACAUGCACCCAGCAUUUAACAACGCCGGAAAAAAGGACGGACUCGAAGUCUGGAGGAUUGAGAAUUUCAAGCCUGUUCCUGUUCCAGUCAACGAUUAUGGAAAAUUUUUUGAAGGCGAUUCUUACAUCGUUUUAAAGACCACUGAGACUAAAGGAAAGAAAGGCUCAUUUUCAUGGGAUAUUCAUUACUGGCUCGGUAGUAAAACAUCACAGGACGAGUCAGGAGCUGCUGCCAUUCUAGCAGUCCAAUUGGACGAUGGUCUUGGAGGAAGCCCAGUACAACACAGGGAAGUCCAAGCUCAUGAAUCAGCCCUUUUCCAAAGUUAUUUUAAAUCUGGUCUUCGAUAUGUGACUGGUGGUGUCGCCUCAGGAUUCCAUCAUGCAGUGACAAAUGCUGAAGGCGAGAAGAAAUUGUACCAAGUCAAAGGAAAGAAGAACGUCAGGGUCAGACAGGUACAAGUUGGUGUUCAGUCAAUGAACAAAGGAGACUGCUUCAUCCUCGAUUCAGGAAAAGACGUAUACGUCUAUGUAGGAGCUAAAGCUAAAGGUACUGAGAGGCUCAAGGCUGUCAGCGCCGCCAACAAGAUUAGAGAUCAAGACCAUGCUGGAAGAGCAAAAGUCUACAUUAUUGACUCAUCGAGCAAUGAAGAAGAAGUGAAGCAGUUUUUCUCUUUGCUGGGUUCCGGUUCUCAGGCACAGAUUCCAAAAGAAGCUGCUGUUGAUGAUGACGAAGAGUUUGAAAAAAACUUAGAUGCAACUGUCUCCUUGUACAAAGUCACAGACAGUAGUGGAAAACUCGUGUCAGAAAAAUUGGGUCAAAAACCACUGAAACGCGAUAUGCUCAAGCCAGAGGACUGCUUCAUUCUGGACACUGUCAACUCUGGAAUUUACGUUUGGGUUGGUAAAACAGCUACAAGCCAGGAAAGGGUUGAGGCUCUGAAGAAAGGGCAGGCAUUUUUGGACCAAAGCUCAUACCCCAAAUGGACAAAGAUGCAACGGAUCAUCCAAGGAGCUGAACCAACUGCAUUCAAAGAAUACUUCAGCGACUGGAGGGAUAGCCAAUUGACCGGUGGUCUUGGCAGAGUUUCUCCAAAACAAGAAAGAAAUAAAAGGUCAGCCUCCACUAGAUGUGGUACAGUUGGCGGCUUCAUGCCAGACAAUGGAAAUGGCAUAGUUCAAGUUUUUCGAGUCCAGAACUUUGAGCUGCUUCCAGUCGAAGAAGAAAACUAUGGGAUAUUUUUCGGUGGCGACUCUUAUGUUAUAAAAUACGAGUACAAUUCCGAAUUUGGAAGGAAAUACAUUAUCUACUACUGGCAGGGCAAAGAUUCGACUGCUGAUGAAAAGGUUGCUUCUGCUAUGCAAGCAGUCAAACUUGAUAAUGAACUUGGAGGUAGAGCCAUUCAAAUCAGAGUGGAACAAGGCUUAGAGCCAGCCCACUUCAAUUCAUUAUUUAAAGGUAAAAUGGUUAUUUUCAUGGGAGGACAUGCCAGUGGCUUCAAAAACCUGAGAGAUUAUGACUCUUAUGACACUGAUGGAACUAGGCUCUUCCGUAUUGUAGGCACUUGUGCAAAUAAUGUAAGAGCCAUUCAAGUCCCAGAAGUUACGGAAUCGCUUAAUACAAACGAUGCAUUUCUCCUCGAGACCCCGACUAAAAGCUACCUCUGGAUGGGAAACAAUUGUGAUGACUUUGAAAAAGAAAUGGCCAAGUUGGUGAGAGACCGCUUCUGCUCUGACAGGGAAGCGGUUGUUCUCGAGGAGGGCGAGGAGCCUGACGAUUUCUGGCAAACUCUAGGUGGUCGAAAAUCGUAUAAAAAAGAGGUUGACGAGUCCUACUCAUAUUUUACAAACCGCCUUUUUCAUUGCUAUAUUAAAGAAAACCAUAAAUUUAAAAUUGAAGAGAUCUCUGAUUAUCAGCAAAAAGAUCUAUACCCAGAUGAUGUAAUGAUUUUGGAUUCAGAAGAAGGUAUAUAUAUUUGGAUUGGAAAUGAUGCUGACGCAGAAGAAAAGAUGAAUGCAUACAAGUUAGCGCAGGCUUACAUAAAACAUUCAUCAAGGGAGAAAAAAGUAAUCAUUACAGUCAGGCAAGGUGAAGAACCACCAAGUUUCCGUGAGUUAUUUCCAAAAUGGGAAGAGAAAUAUUGGGAGGAAUUAACAUCAUUUGAAGACCUUAAAAACGAGGUCAAUAGUUUGGAACAGUUUUAUUAGAAUUUUCAAAUGGAAGAUAAUUUAAGUUUAAACUUUUUUUUUUAAUUUU